AUGUCGCCAUUUGUGGUAGUACAAAUAAUGUGCGUGCUCUGUUCUGGUUUGCAAAAUCAAAUCGAGAUGGUUGCUCAAGUUUCGGAAUAUAUUUCUGAAAUUGUACCAGAGACAUGCUUAGGAUUUCUGUUUGGAAGAAAGCCAGGCCAGACAUGUCUUGGGCGGCUGGGUCGUGGCCCAGAGUGGCUAGGAGCCGGAGGCGGAGUCCUGGCUGGGGCGCUGCCGAAUAGACGAGUUGGCGCGGCAGCCGUGCUGUGGCUCGCGGCGGAGCAGGCUGGCAGUGGUAGCAGUGAAAAGGGCAACCAACGCUUUGCGAUUUGGCAUUUGCAAGGGAAAACCAUCAUUGUAGAUAGUCACAAAGAGCGUUUCUUUGGUCCAACUAAUGGAGCCCUUGGAUCCAAUUCGAAACAUCGCUCUGGUUUCAAGCUUAGGACAACUCAUAAGGUUGGACUCCCAUCACUGUGUGUGGGGGCAUUUGUUGCUUCUUCAACACAGAAGCAGUACUCAGGGGACGCGGUGCACAUUGCAAUUGUUCGACUUCUGGCAAACCACCCUCAGUUUCAUAUAAAAUUGAUGACUGCAGAUAGAAAAGCUGGUGAACAGUUUGGAUCUGUAUUUCCUCACUUAAUAGCACAGGACCUGCCAAAUUUGGUUGCAAUAAAAGAUGAAGAUUUUUCAGAUGUUGAUGCUGUUUUUUGUUGCUUGCCACAUGGGACAACUCAGGAAAUUAUCAAAGGCUUACCGCGGCAAUUGAAGAUUGUUGAUCUCUCCGCGGACUUCAGACUACGUGACAUCAAUGAGUACGCUGAAUGGUACGGCCAUUCUCACAGGGCACCAGAACUGCAGACACGGCACUUGAAUUAUCAUCAAUUAUUCUCAACAAUAUGUGCCAUCGUUUUCUUGCAUGAUACUAUGAAGAGGCUGUGUAUGGUUGCAAAUCCAGGAUGUUAUCCCACAUCUAUUCAACUUCCUCUUGUUCCUCUGAUAAAGGCAAAACUGAUCAAGUUGAACAACAUUAUCAUUGAUGCAAAAUCUGGUGUUAGUGGUGCAGGACGUGGGGCUAAGGAAGCAAAUCUUUAUACUGAAAUCGCUGAAGGUAUCCAUGCUUAUGGAAUAAAAGAAAAUUUUUACGUUCCUGAGAUUGAGCAAGGACUUUCGGAUGCUGCUGAAUCAAAAGUUACUAUCAGCAUUACUCCAAAUCUGAUAUGUAUGAAACGUGGGAUGCAAUCUAUUAUGUAUGUUGAAUUGGCAUCUGGAGUGACUGUCAAUGAUUUGUAUCAGCACCUCAAGUCUACUUAUGAGGGCGAAGAAUUUGUCAAGCUGUUACGCCGUAACAGCGCUCCUCAGACGCGCCAUGUUGUGGGAUCAAACUACUGCUUCAUGAAUGUCUUUGAAGAUAGAAAUCCUUUGAGGGCCAUCAUCAUCUCUGUCAUAGAUAAUCUUGUGAAGGGAACAUCUGGUCAGGCUGUGCAGAACCUCAAUCUGAUGAUGGGAUUGCCUGAGAACAUGGGGCUUCAAUACCAGCCCCUAUUUCCUUGAUGUUGUCAAUACUUCAUCAGUCAGGGCAGCGCUUUGGAGUUCGACUAGCCAUUACAACGUGGUUACUGUCCAGAGGCAAAGAGCCCAACAUCAGAAUGUAAUCAAGUCAAGCUUGCUCAAGAACGAUGCUUGGUUUAUGCUUUUUAGUUUUUAGAAAUUAGCAAUAAUUUAGCAGUGCAGUGAUAGAAUUAGCUGAAUGGCUAGGCUCCAAGAAAUCUUUAGCCUAUAUACAUCCUGUACUGCAUUUUUGUUUGUUAUUUUCAUCAUGGAAUCAAUAUUAAAUGUAAAACACAAUUCUGAGACAUCAGCCACCCUCGGCAUCAC